CGUUAUCUGGUACGGAGCGGGCGCGCUGCAGCUCAGCUCUGCUGCAUCUGUUAAGAAGUGUUUGUCACCGACGGCUCGUCAAAUCGUUGGAAUUUCUUGUACGUUCUGGAAAGUAUGGUGUUAGCGGACGUCCCUGCGCGUGCGCUCUGCCGCAGCUCUCGGGGGAGAUUGUCGGCUCAUAUAAGGGAAUGUCUCAGAAUUAUUCCUGGAAACGCUGACACAUCCACGUGCCACAUGGAGCAUCUCACGUAUAUAGAACACAUGAGUGGUAGAUCACAUCUUCCCUUAUCAGAAGGUCCGAAGAACCAUUACUUAUCCAUCUGCCUGAAGACACGUCGCAGGACAAGGAGUGAACCGGCCUCGGAGGGCAAUCCUCACAUGGCCUCUGCAACUGUCCCCAUCUCUUCUCCGCCUGGAUCCAUAGACACAAACCAACCCGGAUUCAAGAAGGAAAUCCUCAGGGUGAAGUUAGAAGGGAAGUACCUGUGCUCCGACUGCAAGAAUAUCCUGAGGAGGCCCUUCCAGGCCCAGUGCGGACAUCGCUACUGCUCCUUCUGUCUGAGAAACCUUAUCAGCUCCGGACCACAGAAGUGCGCAGCCUGCAUCCAGGAAGGUUUAUUCGAGGAAGGAGUCUCCAUUUUGGAAAGUACCACAGUAAGUGGCAGCAUGAACUGUUUUAUUGAACAGGUUUUUUCCUUCAGGUUUAGUAAUGUCUCUGUUCCGUUGCUCAUCCUCUCUCCUUUCAAUAUUCAGGCAUUUUCAGAUAACGCUGCCCGCCGGGAGGUGGAGGGUCUGCCCGCUGUCUGCCCCAUCAAUGGCUGUGACUGGAAGGGGACUAUCAAAGAGUAUGAGGCCCUUCAUGAAGGCAAGUGCCUGCACAUGCUGGUACCUUGUCCGGCGUGCAAGACGCUAAUCAGGGCGACUGAUCGAGAAUGGCACAAUGAGCGAGAAUGCCCCGAGCGCAAACUGAACUGCAGAUACUGCAAACUCUCCUUCUACUUCCCAGAAAUUAAGGCUCACGAUGAAAUCUGCCCCAAGUACCCAAUGACUUGUGACGGCUGCGGAAAGAAGAAGAUCCCCAGAGAAAAGUUCCAGGACCAUGUAAAGACAUGUGGCCGGUGCCGAGUACCAUGCCGCUAUCUAGUCGCCGGCUGCACAGAGAUGGUGGAAAAUGACAAGUGCUUAGAACACGAGAAUAAGUACUUGGCCGAACAUUUGGCGCAAGUGUGGGAGUACAUCCAGCCGCGCAGAAAGGAGCUGAGCGACAUCACUCAUCGUAUGGGAAUGAUCUCCGUGCAGGGCAUCCCCAACUCGCUCAGCAGCCUGUCCUCCGUGGCAUCAAUGGCGGCUGACGUCUCCAAGGCUCCUGACCUGCUGCGCCAGUUUGAAGUGGUGGACAAAAAGAGCGUGAUCCUAGAGAAUAUCGUAUGUGUCCUCAAUAAAGAGGUGGAGAGAUCGAGCAUGGCCUUGGAGGAGGCUAUAAGGCAGCGCAGGACGGACCAGGAGAAGAUCGACACCCUUAAUGCGAAGGUACGGCAGUUGGAGCGCACGCUGGGUCAGAAGGAAGUGCAGCUGGCAGAGCUGGAGACCCGGGUUCAGGAGGCGGAGCUGUCCACGUAUGACGGGAUAUUUAUCUGGAAAAUUACUGAUUUUGCAAAAAAACGUCAGGACGCCAUCGUGGGCCGAUGUCCGGCCAUGUUUUCUCCACCAUUUUACACCAGCAAAUACGGCUACAAGAUGUGCUUACGGAUCUAUCUGAAUGGAGACGGCACCGGGCGAGGAACUCACCUUUCCCUUUUCUUUGUGGUCAUGAAGGGGCCAAGUGAUGCUUUACUGCGGUGGCCAUUUAAUCAGAAGGUCACCUUGAUGUUGUUGGAUCAGAAUAACCGUGAACACGUCAUAGACGCCUUCCGGCCGGACAUCACGUCCUCGUCUUUCCAGAGGCCAGUAAGCGAGAUGAACAUCGCUAGCGGGUGUCCUCUCUUUUGUCCCCUCUCCAAGCUGGAUGGCAAAAAUUCUUACAUCCGGGAAGAUAACAUAUUCAUCAAAGUCAUUGUAGACCUCACUGGUCUCUAGAGCGAGAUGAAAUCCACGGAGGUGGAAUUAUUCCUUCUGUGUCAGUGAAAGCUCUGAAGCCGCUCUGUAGAGGAGAGCGACGACGCCAGCCAAGAGCAGCCUACAGUUAGGCCUCUUUCACACGGACGUUGCGGAAAAAUGUG